AUGCCGGAUCGCGCGCCCUCUCCGGCGUAUGCCGGCGCCGCGGUUGGCUGGCUCACUAAGAGGCGAUUCGCCGUACCGCCGGCUGUCGAAGCCGCGGCCGCGCAGGCUGUGCUCCCGGCAGCAGGGCAGGCUGAUGAGAUGCAGUGGCUGCUGUCGUUACUUCCCGGCCUCAAGGAGCGAGAGCGCCGCGCCCUCGCGAGACACGUGGAGAAGAGCACUCGCGCCGUAGUAAGCUGCGUGCCGGACGCUGCGUCUAGCGCAUCUGAGACGGAGGGGCCUGCGGCGGCAGGGUCCCUGUCGUGGCCAGACGACGUGGCCUUCAGCAAUGACUACGAGUGGGACGGGCGAGUGCCACCCGCCGUAUUGGAGCGGUACGGACGCCGCGGGGUGCGGCGGCGACGGCGCGCUGGCCCGUGCACGCGCGUCGAGGUGCGAAAGAUCGACGACGAGAGCCACCCAGCGCACGGCGAGCGCGGUCUGUUUGCGGCGGUGGCGCUGCCGUGUGGCGCGCGCGUGCUCGACUACGUCGGGUGCGUCAGCCUCGGCGAGCACGAGGACCGCAGCUCUGACUACGUCUCCGAGUUUGGCGAGGAGGGCGAGCUCUGCCUCGACGCGAGGCGAGUCGGCAACGAGGCGAGGUUCGUCAACGACUUUCGCAACACGGGGCGGCGGCAGAAUGUGGAGUUCCGGCUUCGGCGCGCCUCGGACGGCGAGCUGCGGCAAGGUGUCUACGUCUGCGCGCGCAACGGCGUCGCUGCGGGCGAGGAGCUUCUCAUCUCGUAUGGCAAGUCGUACUGGCGCGCGAGAGUCGGCGACCUCGACGCCUUCAUCACGCGGCUGCCUGGGGAGUCGGGCGGCGCAGGGGCUGUGAGGGGGAGAGACUCGUUGUAA